GUCCGGCCCAGCAGCAAGAAAUAACGAAGCAGCUCCUGCGUCACGUGGAGACCACGACUACCUCCGACGACGAUGCAAGUUCAGGCAGCGAAUCCCGCGUUGUAGAGUCGGACAGCUCGUCCUCAGACGAGGAGGAAGACACUCCUGUAUCGCAAGAAAAAAUUACCUCAGUCUCAACUUGUAGAAGUGCGGAGCUUCGUGCUUGUUCAGACAGUUUUUUGUCAUGCUUGAGAUGAUCCAAGAAAGCCCAAGUCGUCCGUCCGUGAUGUGUGUUUUCUCUUGCUGCCUGAACUACGCAUCUUCAGAGAUUUCUUGUAUUCUUGCUUCGCAAAUUUGCAUUGCUGAGUCUGCAGCAAAGGUUUGAGACUGAGACUGGAGUUUUUUCGUGCGAUAUCCUGGGAUGCCGGAGCAGGUGAUCUCCUGCAGGAUCAAAGGCGUUGUGCGACUGCCCUGCCCGCAGCGAGUCGUGGACGCCUGCGCCACAUACUAUGGAGUUCUCAGACGUAGUUACAUCCCCAACUGUUGCGUGAUGGUGAUUUUGUAAUGCAUGAAUAGCUAUUAAAACUGGCGUUGGCCGCGGGUUUUUUGCGACUCUUGCAUUACAAAUUUGGAAAACACUUCCAUGCUGAGUAUUCACACUUGAUUUAGGAAUUUGUCUUGCGAAGUAGCUUGGGCUGAUGGCAAUUUUGCAUCACGCAUGCUGAAUCAGCUGAGAAUGAUGUAACGUUUGAGAAUCCCAUACAUACCGUUCAGUGAUGGAGCUUUUGUCUCCGUACCGUAAUCGCUCUUCGUGUCAAAGCUUCAUCAACAUGGCUGAAAACCGUUUGAACUCCCCGCACAAUAAUUACGCUAUCUUCGACGAAGACGACAAUUUAAUUCGUUCAUUCGGAGUACACAGAGAGAUGUGGCUUGGACGUAUGGCGGAAUAUGACUCGGACAGCGAGAGGGAGGCGCUCCUUAAACGUGACAUGGACGAGUUCUGUGUCGCGCAGGAGCUGCGAGAUAUGUGGUCGGAACCUAUCGCCAAUUUUCCCGUGAACGUUGCUGUCACGAGCGCGCUGACUGGGGAUGUCUUACUCCGUAUGCAAUUUACGCAAAAGGAACUGGACAACUCGUGGUACUGUGACCGUGACGCCAAUCUGCUCAAUAUGCUUCGCGCUGCUUGCCAGACUCCUGCAAUUGCUGACAGGUUAAAAACUCAUAUGACUUCGACAAAUCCGGCUGAUCAUCAUGCUUUCGCGCUGAAGCUGACCGGGUACCAGCACCAGCCUAGGG